AUGUCUUUAAGUGAUUGGUGGAAGAAAGCUUCGUCCUCUCUCUUUCCGAAAUCUUCAUCCACAGAAGGUAGCUCUUUGGUCUCUCAUCCUCCGUCCUCCCCUCUUACUUCAAAACAAUCUUCGGAUUCAGUACAACCUUCGUCACCAACUCGCAAGCCCACCACUCGAAAUUUACUUUUCCAAGUCAUUCAAUAUUACUAUAGACAAUAUAAACCCACCGAUCAAACACUCACCCUAUGGAGAUCUGGAACUGUAAAAUACAUGAUCAAACCUGGAAGUUAUUUGGCCCUUGGUGUGGUGGGUGUUUGGCUUUCCGAUGAGAUUUAUAGAAAACUUAAAGUUGAAAAAGAGGCUCCUUCGAUCUUUGGAAAGCAAGAAAAGAUUAAACCUCAUACUUUAAUUUAUGAAACGGAUUGGUUAUUAACAGAUUCAAUGAUUAUUGAUGAAGAGGAUGAAAAUCAACGAAAGCGAAAAAAGAAUGUCAUUCGAGAAUAUUUCUUUGGUUCGGACUCUAAAAAAAAUCAACAGUCGCAUAGUCAAAAUCAUACCAAUGAACAACACGAACACGAGUUGAAAAAAUUCUAUGCCAAGUGGGAUUAUCCGAAUAUUUUGCAAAAUCAAAAGCAAGAAGAAAUCGGUAGUAUUGGUCGAGGUGACAAAAUUAUUCAUCAUGUCCACAUUGAAAAGUUUCACCCGUACAGCAAUGUUCGAAAAGGCUACUGGUCAACACUCCUUGAAUAUGCCAUUGUGCAUAAUGCUGUAGAAAACGGCUCUGUCUCUUUGAGGCUAAUUAAGGAACAACGAGAGACAUUUGCGGCCUACGUUUGGAGAAAGUUAUUCACAAACCGAGAAUUUGAAGCCUGGAAAAACACAAAAUACUGGUUACACAAUCCAUGGAAUCUAAAUGAAAUUUAUCUUGAUUUGCAGCAAGAUACAGAGAUCACCAUAAACAAUUUAAAGAACUACUUGGAACAUAACAUUUCAGAGGCGUCCGUUCGACAAGUAAUUUUGGCCACCCUAAAUUCUGACACCACUCUUUCUCCAGAAACUUUAAAAGAGAAUUAUUAUUUAUAUGUGAGUGAUGAGGCAUUCAACGAGUUUAAGAAGAGUGGAACAACAAAAUCAACAAUCCGAGUGACAGAACGCUCAGCAAAAAUUGGAGAUGUUCUGUUUUGUGUGGGAUCUCGAUCUCAAAAUGCGCAAAGUCACGUCCCUGAUGUCUCCUCCAUCCGGUUUGUCACUCAUAAACCUGAGCCUAAAUAUAUUGAGGAUUUUGUACAGAAAGAGAAGAAGAAUCAUUCACCGAUAUGGUGGAGAGCAUUGGUUAUUACUAGUUCUUUAGGAUUUGCCAUUGCUUCUGUGAUUGGAUGA